GGAACUUCCUCCAUCAUGUAUGUGAAGUUUUACUCUAACGCUGUAAACCUGACCAGAGCUGCAGGUUCAUCAACAGACAUCUAUUCCGUUUUAAUUUGAUCAGUAAUCAAUAAUCUUCUGAGUUUAGAACAUUGAGCAUCUUCAGUUUGUUUCUGUCUGAAAGAUUAAACAUAAAAUAAUAAUAAUAUUUUCUGCAUUUUCAGUCUCAGCAGCUGUUUACACAGACAGGUAACAGGUGUGUUUCUGCACCAAUCAGCUGUCCUAAAGCCUUUAUUGACGUACAAUCGGAGCCAAUGAGAGCACAGCCCGACACGCAGGUGUUGGCCAGCUGAUCAGAACCGGGACUCCGUCCACCAGUGAUGAGAGCCGGGUUGAUGGUGUUGCCUACGGACAGACAGAGGAGCAGCGGCGGCCUACUCAACAUCAGGGAGGAGCCGCCGGUACUACUGCAGCCGGACAUGAGGCUGUAUUACCGGCUGCUGCUGCACCUGGUUCCUGGUCCGUACCGAUCUGGAUCCGUCAGCAGGUUGGAGGUCCUGCAGCGAGUCAUCGACUACAUCCUGGACCUGCAGUCCGAGCUGGACGCCUCCACCGCGGCCGCAGAGCAGCAGGAGCCCCUGUCAACGCCCACACCUGCAGGGUGUGACGGGUAACACUGAAGUGGAGGAAAACGGGUGGCUCACAAGAUCUGCUGACAGAGGAGCAGGUGUCUUCCACCUGAGACAGACCUGGACCUGGAUCUGGACUUUACCUUUCCAGUCUCAUUCAGGUGGAACCACGUAGAACCUGGUCCUGAUGCUGCUGAUAGAUCAGAGUCUGGUUUUCCUUCUCAUCGCUCCACCGUUAAAGACUCUGACGUCUUUAUUUGGACCUGAUGAGACUGAAACCAGAACUCAGGGAAGGUUCUGGUCUCCAUCCGGUCCUUCAGCUCCUCUGAUUAUCUGGUUUCUAAUCAGAAGUUUUUACAUGAAGUUUAGUUUGGAAACAGUUCAGAUAAAAACUAUGUGAAGAAAUUAUUUUUGGAUUUCUUGUUAAAAUAUCAGCAAUUUGGUAUGUUUUCCGUUAUGAAAUCAGUCCACUCUUGAAAACUAGUCUAUGUAUUAUUUAUUUUUCUAUCACUAAAAGUAAAUAUUAAUAUAUUUUUGCUUUAAUUUAUUAAAUUUA